AUGAAGUCAAACGGCUUUUUUGUUUCUCGAUUAAAACAACCAAAUAUUGCUCCAACUCUUCCAGUACUCUCUCCACAUUCACCAAUGAAUGCUAAUAUAUAUCUAAAUAGCCAGCAUACCCAACUUUCCGGUCGAUAUUUAAAUAACAAAGUUUCCCAGCAAAUUGAUGCUGAUAGUAUAAAAAGAGUGGCAUCUAACAGAUCUCUGAAGGACAGUCAAAACGUCUUAUCAAUUUCAUCAACGAUAACAUGCAAUUGUGAGAAAUCCCACAAAUCCAAUGGUUCAGACUCGGAAACAAACGAAGAAAGCAAAAUCAAAUUAAAAUCAGAUACUGGCAACAAGCUCGCUAGCAUUAGUAAAUUCAAAGACCCUAAACAGUCUAUAACAACGGAAAAAAACAACGCUUUAGAUGAUUCAACCAAGGGGUGCUUGCAAUUGAAAACUGCGCUUGGAAAGGAUAAAAGAGCCUUGUCUCCGAGACUGACAUUGCAUAAAAGUGGCUUUCAACAGGCCAUCAUAAUUUCAGACGAAAGCGAAAUCACAAAAUCGCCGCGACUAGCUUCCCAAAAAACAGGGCAACUCUCCAGUAAUUCAGACAAUCAAUUUUAUCGUCAGCUUAACCACAAAAUAAGCAAAUCGGAGCAAACUUCCCCCAACAACGUGGAGAUAGACAAAGCCAAUUUUCUUUAUGAUACGAACAAUAGGAGUACGGGUUGUUUGGUCUAUCCUUCGGAUCCAUGGAUAAAGAAUUCGCACAUUAAAAAUCGCCUAUCCCCCAAAGCUGAAAAGUAUUUAAAUAUGCAUCACAACAUAGAUCCUUGGGUCAAGAGACAAACUAGUGUCCCUGUAGAAGUGUCACGGCUUCCCAAAAAAAAUAUCUAUCGCGAAAAAUCUCUCUCUUCCAUAAACACUAAACUAGUUGCAACACGAACUGAGAAGGCAAAGUGUGUAAAACCACAAUUAAAGCAUUCUAAAACAGAGCUGGAUGAUGAUCAAGUAUUUUUAAACGAGCCAGGUCUGCUUUUUGCGCCAUUUUCGCCACAAUAUCGUAAUACAUCGCAUAAAAUUUGGUCGCUCGACCAACCAUCUAACGAUCUAAAAGGAAACAUUCAGAGCAAGUCUGCUAGUUUUUUACCCGAUAAAGUAAAGGAGCUCUCCAGUCCAUUGCCUAACCAUGUUAGAAAAUCUGUGUAUCAAAAUAAUAGUAAUUUGCUUUGUCCAAAUGACCAAGCGAGAUCACUGCUUCAAGUAGAACAAUUGCAUUCUAGACACAGCUCUAUAUCGAUUCCCGCUCAGUCCAAGGAGGAACUUCCUCUGAACAUCCGUCGACUGUCUGAGCAGAUUCGUGAGCCGCCUUUAGAGAAAAACAUUUCUAUGUCUCUCAGCGAUCGUAACGUUAGUAAAAUUCCGCCUUCCGAUGGCGUGGGUGAGACUCGUUUGGUUGGCCCCCACAAGACGAAUAAACUCCAAGUGAGUCGGGAUGCCGCAGUGCAGAGUGCAAGCCACCUGGAGGACUUCAUCUCCGGGAAACGAGCCCCCAAAGAUUCCACAACUGUUAAUAAUGUAAACCCCUUUACGAGUACUUAUAAGCCUGACCCACUUCUAGAAACCACCUGUUAAAUCCAUUCGCUAGGAAGCCGAAAGCCGAUAUUAAUGUGUCUCUGCAUAGCUCAUUCAUAGGUCAUGAAAUUAUACAAAAUAUAAAACCACAAAAACAUUACAUAUAUGUCUUAUAUAUCAAUCGAAUCUAAAUAUGAAUAAUAAAAAAGUAAUAAAAACUAUUUUUAGUAGUAAUUUAAGUUUGAAAUUUUUACAGUGAUUUUGCAUUUAUAUUAAGUAACACGAUAAUGCCCUGCCAACAAUUGGGCUAUGUUCUAGGCUUAACUACAUUCACAAGCAUAUAUAUGUGUGUAAUAGUGUAUUUUUUCCUCAUUUUAUUGUCAUUUUACAUAUUUGUUGUAAUACAUUUUUUUAGUAAUAAAAUCUUUAUAAAGAGCUAAGUAAAGAAUCUAA